AGCAGCAGCAGCAGCAAAGGCAGCAGCAGCAGCAAGCCCCAUCCUCAUCAUCACCAUCCCGCCGCCGCCGCCGCGCCCCCCCACCCCCCUCUCUCCCCAGCCUUUGUUAGCCAUGCCUAGCCUGGUAGUGUCAGGGAUAAUGGAAAGGAACGGGGGCUUCGGGGAUCUGGGCUGCUUCCCAGGGAGCAGCAAGGACAGGGCGCUGCUGGAGGAUGACCGGGCGCUGCAACUGGCCCUGGACCAGCUCUGCCUACUGGGCUUGGGGGAGCCUUCGGCCGCCGCCGCGCCCUCCGCCUCGGCCCUGGGGGUCGGUGGCGGAGCGGUGGAGGACGGCAUCAGCAACAACCAGCCGGCGCAGCCCCCGGCGCCGCCCCAGCCGCAGCAGCAGCCCCAGCCGCCUCAAGCGCCCCUGCCACAGCCGCCGCCGCCUCCUCCUCCUCCUCCGCCAGCUUCAGCAGCGCAGCAGCAGCAGCCCCCGUCGCAGGCGGCUCCCAAAGGCUCCUCGGUGGCGGCGGUGACCGUGAUCCCACCUCCUCCGCCGCCGCCACCCGCUCCGCCGACCGGUGCCGCCGCCGAGGCCGGCAAGCUCUGCGUCCUGUACAAAGAAGCCGAGCUGCGCCUCAAGAGCAGCUCCAACACCACCGAGUGCGUCCCGGUGCCCAGCUCCGAGCACGUGGCCGAGAUCGUGGGAAGGCAAGGUUGCAAAAUCAAAGCUCUGAGGGCAAAGACUAACACCUACAUCAAGACUCCAGUACGUGGGGAAGAGCCUGUCUUCAUGGUGACUGGGCGGAGGGAGGACGUCGCCAUGGCAAGGAGGGAAAUUAUUUCUGCAGCCGAGCACUUCUCCAUGAUCCGCGCUUCUCGUAACAAGGCUGGCACCACCUUCGGCAGUGCUCCAACCUUGCCGGGGCAAGUCACCAUCCGAGUCCGGGUCCCAUAUCGCGUGGUAGGCUUAGUGGUGGGGCCUAAAGGAGCUACCAUCAAGCGGAUCCAGCAGCAGACCAACACCUACAUCAUCACACCCAGCCGGGACCGGGACCCUGUCUUCGAAAUCACGGGAGCCCCAGGCAAUGUGGAGCGGGCCCGAGAGGAGAUUGAAACUCAUAUAGCCGUCCGGACAGGCAAGAUCCUAGAAUACAACAACGAGAAUGACUACCUGUCCAGCAGUCCUGACUCGGGCAUGGAGAACCGAUACUCGGAGGCCUGGCGGGUUCACACUCCAGCCCCUGGAUGCAAGCCUCUCUCCACCUUCCGUCAGAACAGCCUUGGGUGCAUUGGCGACUGCUCUGUGGACCCUGCCUAUGAGACACCCCGGCUGAAUGACCAAAACGACUUCAAUUACAGUUACCUCUUCCCCAACUAUGGUGUCAACAAACAAGAUCUGUAUUAUGGCGUGCCAGAGUCUGGUGCUCCUUUGUGGGCUGGGCAGGAGAACACCAACCCUGUCUCGGUCCUCUUCUCCAAGCAGCAGCGAUCUAGCAAUACGGGCUCCAUCCAUCCCAACUCGCACCGUUCCCCAUCCUCAUCUAUACAAGAGCCUACCCUCUCUGGGCUUCCUAGAAGGUCUCAGGGGGAGCCUUUGCAAGGGUUUUCCAAACUGGGUGCUUCUACUGCCACCCGGACGUCCAUCUCCAGCAGCCGGGAGUGCAUGGUGUGCUUUGAGAGUGAGGUGACGGCAGCUCUGGUCCCCUGUGGCCACAACCUCUUCUGCAUGGAGUGUGCCGUGCGGAUCUGUGAGCGGACUGACCCAGAAUGCCCCGUGUGCCAUGCAGCAGCCACUCAGGCCAUUAGAAUAUUUUCUUAAGAGAGAGAGAGAGAGAUUGAGAGAGGGGGAAAAGACAACAUAAGGGGAACUGGAGUGGGUGACAGGACAGGAGGGAGGGGACAGCAGAGAGCGAGAGAAAAAUACAGAUAUGAAAUAAUUUGAAGAAUGAACGAAUUAGGGGGAAAAACAAAAUGAAAUUAAUUUAAAGGAGAAGAAAGAAAUUAUUUUAGGAGCAAUGUAGGGUUAUUUUUAAAGAAAAUAAUAAAGAUGAUGAUAAAAUUAAAAUGGAGAAGCCAGGAAUAUUUGGGAAGGUAAUCACUACACUAUAAAGCCUGUAGUGUCAUUUUUAAAUCGAGAAACUCUUUAACACACACACAAGUGAUUCUCAAGCAACGUGGGAGGUGCGAUGUGGUGGCAUUUUGGGGCAGGGCCUGUGGUUUCUGCCGGCAACAGAGAGAAGUUAUUACUGGACAGGUCAGGGGUCGUCUUCUCAUCCCGCAAACCCAGCCUUGGCCUGAACGUGGUCUGAAGUUGCUGGGCCCUUCAACCUGCCUGGUGGAUGAAAAGCUCAGAAAGGAAGUCAAUCAGGAAGAGAAACAAGAAAGAAUAAUGAGAGAAACCAUCAGCCUCUGGGAACCUGAUCAAACGAGGGCACAACUGUAUUACCUCAAAACACUUAAAAAGAAAAAGAAGCAGCUAAAGAUCUUUAUAUUCUUUUUCCUCUAUUUUUUUCCUAAGAAAAAAAAAUUAAAAUGACAAAUAAUAUUAGAGCCAGUGAAAUGGGGAAAUGGGGGUGUUAGAAGAGCCCCGAGAUAAAAUCCUCCUGGCGACCGUUUUAUUUUUCCAUUUUGAAUCUUCUGAGCCACCACAAAACUCUUUUGAACUUUGUUUUUUCUUUUUCCUAUUCGAGCAGGGAUUCAUCUAAUAAGAAUCAGGAGUCACUAACAGGGUAUUUUCCAAAAACAAACCCCCCAUACCACAAAUCAACGCUUCCAUAUUCCCACUCAAGGGGGAUUUGGUGAGGGUUGACAUCCAGGUUUCUGCAUUUCGCUCCCCGCACUUGCCAAGCGAUGCAAUUUCAAACAUUCAUGCAAAAAGACAAGCCUUGUUUUUUCCUUCCUUUGUUUCUCUUCAUUUCGACAACGACAAUUUCGCACCAAAACCUAAGAAUGAUGAUCAUGCAAUACUGGCAGCGAAGCCCACUUAAAACAAACCCACAACCCGACAGAAAGCAAAAAAUAUAUAUAUACGAAUUAACAUGUUUAUAUAUAAUUUUGUCGUCUUUUUAAAAUGGACCAAAACUUUUGUUACACAAAAUCAAAUAAA